ACACCGCGAAGCUUAGACGUUCCAUCGUCACGCACUCGGAUAAGGUAUUAACUUGGACGGAUCGCUGGAACGACAAUUUCAAUCUUUGUCAAAUUAUCAACCAUGUGAACAUGGAUGUGUCUGGGGUGGUGAUGCAUAGCGCUACAGUCAUGAACGUGCUGUACCACGACCCGAGCCCCGAGGUGAUCAUUCUCAUCACCAUGCUGUCCGUCUUCAUGGUGGUCGGAACUGUGGGCAACGGGUUGGUGAUCUUCGUCUUUCAGAAGGUCCGAGAGAAGUCGACGGCGCACCUCUUCAUCAUCACGCUCGCCAUCAUAGACCUCUUCACGUGCAUGGUGAUAAUCCCUUUUACGAUUGUCGUGGAGUACUUGCGUUACGACAUCCGAUACGACUUUCUGUGCAAAAUGUACCAGUUUCUAAUAACAUCCAAGGUGCCUCUUUCGUCGUUCGUCAUGGUUGCCAUAGCCUUCGACCGCUACUUCUGUAUAUGCCACCCACUGAGGAUAAUCGUGACUCUGCAGAGAACAAAGGUGACCAUCAUCUUUUUGUCGAUAUUUGCCGGUUGUCUUGGUGUACUCACGGCUAUGGGGUUUGGGGUGUAUCAGGUAGUGACCGUUCCGGAUUACUCUUCGGUGCAUCUGUUGCCGAACGCUUCGUCAUCCACAGUCCAGCCGGACAUGUUCAACUGGAUCGGUCCGGACGGGGAGUCCCCUCACCAGGACAACAUAAACAAGAUAGUGAUGCUUCGAGUUUACAGCCAUUUCGCUAAAAACAACAUCAGCGAUAUCUUCUCCAAGCUGAAGGAAUUCAGAGGUCCGUGGAAGAGCCAAGUGAUCUACGUCGGUGUCUGCCAGCCGACGCAGGUGCUGAUCAACUUCAGCUUUCUGCACGUCUACCAGAAGAUCUACUCGUCGCUGUUUUUAGUGUGCCUUGUCAUUGUCGGCGUGCUGUACGCACUCAUUUACAAAUUCAUCAUCUCCAGGAGGUCGAGGAAGCUGGAGAGACGGCUGGUCCUCUGUGCGUACGUGAACGGCGAUAAUCCAUACGAAGGGACGAGACUGACCUUGCUUAACGGCCAGGACGACGAGCGCCACGGCGACGAGAAAAGUGUCGAGGAGGAAGACAAAUCGCCGAAGACCGACGAAAAGUAUUACUAUGGGACCGCCGAGACGAAACAGUGCGGCAGCGACGAAAGGGUAAACAACGGCAACAACAAGAAAUCGAGUCGCAAGGACAGGGCCGCCAAGCGGCAGUCGAUCGUGUGCGACGCCGACAAGCUGAGAGAAGAAACCCGUUCCGCCAACAUCAAGACGGCCAUGAUGCUGUUUACGGUGACGUUGGUGUUCGUCAUCGCGUUCUUGCCGGCGUGGAUGAUGGCGUUUCGCAUCGUGCCCACCGUCAUCGUCGUGUUCUAUCUCUACUUCAGCUACAAUGUCGCCAAUCCCUUCAUAUACGCUUUUAUGAACCACAUCUUUAAGGAUAAUCUUCAAAAGAUGUUCCGAUGCUAGUGUGGGUGGCGU